GAUAGUUUUGUCAGCUACAGAUUUCCCUCUGAAACUGCAGAAGGCAGACAGACAGUUUCAUUAUUUUGUUUUGUCUGCUGCUGAUGUUCCCCUGUGCAGUAAAUCUGCAUUAUUGGGUACCAUCAUGUCGGAUACAUGGAGCAACAUCCAGGCACACAAAAAGCAGCUGGACUCUCUGCGAGAGAGGCUGCAACGAAGACGCAAAGACCCAUCUCAGCUCGCAAUAGAUGCGCUGGGCAGUGAAGGGACGUCAGCUCGGAGUGACAGCCCUGUCCCGACCGCUCAGAGCACCCCCAAGGUAGAGGUGGAGGAGCGACCCCCGGACCCCGAGCUGGAGCAGAGGCUGCUGGGAUACCUGUCUGAGCUGCUGUCCCUGCCGUCCGACUCUCUGACCAUCACUGAUGACCUCAGCACGCCAGAGGCGCCGGUGUCCCACACCAGCAUCCAGAGUCUCCUGCUCAAGUUCUCCGCCCAGGAGCUCAUCGAGGUGCACUCGUCGUCCUCCUCCGCACCCUCCUCGUCCACCUCCACUGCCACCCCCACCACCACCACCAUCGUCACCUCCGUGGACCACCCCAAGCUGUGUGCCAUGAGGGGGGUGCUGGCCCAAAGGUCGGGGGUCAAGAGGAAAGGGGACGACGCCGGCAUCGGCGGCAGUUCCAGCAGCGGCGCCAGCGGGGCAAGCAGCAGCCUCAAACACGCGUCGGGCUCCGCCCCUUCCCCUUUACAGGCGCCCGUGUCAUCCGUCACGCCAGCAGCCGGGCCGCCUGAGUGGAAGGCCGGGGCCCGGGGAGGCGGGCCGGAGAAGAAGAGCCGAACCAGUAAAGGGCAGACGUCACACCUCGACAUGGAGAUCGAGAGCCUGCUCAACCAGCAGUCCACCAAGGAACAGCAGAGCAAGAAGAUGAGCAGGGAGAUCCUGGAGCUCCUGAACACCAGCUCUGCUAAGGAGCAGUCCAUCGUGGAGAAGUUCCGAUCGCGCGGCCGAGCGCAGGUGCAGGAGUUCUGCGACCACGGAACCAAGGAGGAGUGCACGCGCUCAGGAGACACGCCACAGCCCUGCACCAAGCUGCACUUCAGGCGCAUCAUCAACAAGCAUACAGAUGAGAGCCUGGGUGACUGCUCCUUCCUCAACACCUGCUUCCACAUGGACAUCUGCAAGUACGUCCACUACGAGAUCGACGCCCCGGCUGAGGUGGAGGUGGGCCCCCACGGGCCCCAGGCGCCCGGCACCGAGCUGGGCCUGCACUCCAGCGGAGACACCGACAGCAACGUCGGCAAACUCUUCCCCUCGCAGUGGAUCUGCUGUGAUAUCCGCUGGCUAGACGUUUCCAUUCUGGGGAAGUUUGCGGUGGUGAUGGCCGACCCGCCAUGGGACAUCCACAUGGAGCUGCCGUACGGCACGCUCACGGACGACGAGAUGAGGAAGCUCAACAUCCCCGCCCUCCAGGACGACGGCUACCUCUUCCUGUGGGUGACAGGCAGAGCCAUGGAGUUGGGCAGAGAGUGUCUGAGUCUAUGGGGCUAUGAGCGAGUGGAUGAGAUCAUCUGGGUGAAGACCAAUCAGCUGCAGCGAAUCAUCCGAACAGGAAGAACGGGACACUGGCUCAACCACGGCAAAGAACACUGCCUGGUUGGCGUGAAAGGCAACCCUCAGGGAUUCAAUCGUGGAUUAGACUGUGAUGUCAUCGUAGCAGAGGUGCGCUCCACCAGCCACAAGCCUGACGAGAUCUACGGCAUGAUAGAACGCCUCUCCCCUGGGACGCGCAAGAUCGAGCUCUUCGGCCGGCCACACAACGUCCAGCCCAACUGGGUAACCCUUGGCAACCAGCUGGACGGGAUUCACCUGUUGGACCCAGAUGUUGUAGCGCGCUUCAAAAAGGCCUACCCCGACGGGGUCAUCCACAAAAAACCCUAACACCAUGCCAAGGGUCAUGACCUAUGACCUUUCAAAUGGACUCACGGACUUUGAUCUCUAGUAGGACAGACUGACGCUUCCAGUUUUGCUGGAUGAACAUAGAAAAUGAGCAAACCUUUUUCUAAUGAUUUUUUUGUAUUUUUAAUAAAAUCGCUGAGGAAAAAAAAAUCUCACAUAUGCUGGGACUGUUGUUUUGAUACUGCAACAUUUUUGUUUAGUAUUUUUUAAAUGUACAUUUUCACUUAAGUAGAUGUCAUUUAUUUCACCGCUCUUGUGAUGAUUAUCAAGUUGCAUUGUGCAGCAAUGGGAGUCAAUCAACACACAAAAUCAUGAUAUCGAGACAUUUUAUUAAGUCAUGACCAUCAUCAAGGAAAACAUACAAUAGAAAACGGACAUUGAACAUGAAAAAUAUACCUCUUUGGGGUGUCUUUUUAAAAAAAAAAUACAA